UUUUGAAAGGGUCAAAUCUGAAAUUUAAACGGCUAAAGUACUAUGCCAAGACCCCUGUCAAACAGUCGUCAAAAUCUUUUGAUGGACUUGGAUAUUUCAUUCAGUUUGGAUAAGCGGUAUUUUCAAAGAUUGAUUUAUAGUCACUAAAUCAAUGUUUGUGGGCCUUUUAUGCGGAAGGGUGAGUUUUGCAAUGACUUUGCCGCUUUUAGUCAGUUAGCGUUGUAUGUUAGCUAAGCUAAUUCGUUGCGAGCUCCAGGAUUCCACACUAGCGACGACAUUCAAUCGGUAGUUUUUUUUUUUGGUUUUGUUCUUCAAAGAUGAAUUAACCCAGUAUGUCAAUGGCAUAGUAGAUUUUAUGUAUUGACGAAAACUUGCGCUGUUUUCAAAACAGCUACGGACUUCAUUUAAGCUAAACAAAUCUGAAUGUGGAAACCAUGACCCUCGCUCCCAAGGAACUAUCCAACCUACUGAGCAUCAUCUCGGAAGAGGCCUGCACAAACACCUUUGAGAGCCUCUCCACUCACUUCCAUCAUUACUUUGGGAAAGCCGAACACUUUAGGGUAGGCUCGGUGCUGGUCAUGCUCCUCCAGCAGCCGGACCUGCUGCCCAGCUCCCCGCAGCGGCUCACUGCCCUCUACCUGCUGUGGGAGAUGUACCGGACCGAGCCGCUGGCUGCCAACCCGUUUGCCGCCGUGUUUGCCCACCUUCUGAAUCCCGCACCUGCUGGAGAAGAACAAGAGAAAGUCCUAUCCGGAUUCCUGCCUCCCAUCACCCAGCCUGAGAAAUUCUUCCUAUCCCAGCUGAUGUUGGCACCACCCAGAGAUCUCUUCAAGAAGACACCCAGACAGGUGUCCUGCAUGGAUGUUGGCAACAUGCCCCAAUCUAUAGACAUCAGUGGGCUUCAACUAGCCUUGGCAGAACGUCAGUCGGAGCUGCCCACUCAGAGUAAAGCCAGCUUCCCCAGCAUCCUGAACGACCCAGAUCCGGACUCUUCCAACUCAGGAUUCGACAGUUCUGUAGCCAAUCAGAUCAUCGAGUCCCUGGUUACAGGGCCACGCCCCCCACUAGAGAGUCACUUUCGCCCUGAGUUCAUCCGGCCUCCACCUCCUCUGCACGUUUGUGAGGACGAGCUGGCGUGGCUGAACCCCACUGAGCCAGAUCACAGCAUCCAAUGGGAUCGCUCCAUGUGUGUGAAGAACAGCACCGGUCUGGAGAUCAAACGAAUCAUGUCCAAGGCCUUCAAGAGCCCGCUGUCCGCCCAGCAGCAGUCGCAGCUGCUGGCUGAGCUGGAGAAGGACCCAAAGCUUGUUUAUCACAUCGGCCUGUCGCCGGCGAAGCUGCCCGACCUGGUGGAGAACAACCCGCUGGUGGCCAUCGAGAUGCUGCUGAAGCUGAUGCAGAGCAGCCAGAUCACAGAGUAUUUUUCCGUGCUGGUCAACAUGGACAUGUCGCUGCACUCCAUGGAGGUCGUCAACAGGUUGACCACAGCUGUGGACCUGCCUCCUGAGUUCAUCCACCUCUACAUCUCCAACUGCAUCUCGACGUGUGAGCAAAUCAAAGACAAGUACAUGCAGAAUCGACUGGUCCGCCUGGUCUGUGUCUUCCUUCAGUCGCUGAUCCGUAACAAGAUCAUCAACGUUCAGGACCUCUUCAUCGAGGUUCAGGCCUUCUGCAUUGAGUUCAGCCGCAUCCGUGAAGCCGCCGGCCUCUUCCGCCUCCUCAAGACUCUGGACACUGGAGAAAACCCUACUGAGGCCAAACCUGCUAAAUAAGGACCUGCAGAAAAACACUGAGCAGCCAGGACGACUUCUCAAUAAGCAUCUCCCAUGAAAAGCAGCCGGAAGGUCUCACUGCAAUAUUGAAGUUUUUGUUCAUUAGAACAGAAAGUGGACUCUGAGAGGAAAUGUAAAUAUGUAGUGAUUUUUUUUCUCCUCAGACUUUAAACCCUUUGACUCACCUUCUGCAGCUCAGUCUCUCAACUUCACUAUUUUCUCUAACCAAAGUAAAACAGUAAUUCAGCAUUUGUUUUUCCCACCUUUCCUCCUUCUGGAGGUUAAACCUUGAAAGUUUUAAUUAAACAGAUUGUGUAAUUGA